UAAGAUUCAGAUUACCGAACGUCAAGAACUCUUUUGUACAUGAAGGUACGUAAGUCGUGUGACGUCGGGGCAACUAUUUGUUUACAUUGACGACAAUGGACUCUGAUUUUAAGAAUAAAAACGUCCCGGAAAUCAAACAGUUCUUGAAAAACAGAGGUGUUAAAACAACGGGUUAUAAAAAGAGUAAAUUAGUUGAACUAGCUGAAGAAGCGGAAUUACAAAAGAUUCCCGCCUUUGAACCCGAUAAUUACAUAUUCGCAAAUAAAAUACGGCGAACUGUAGAUGGUGUUGAGUUGCCGCAUCCCAAGACUGUUAUUGAUUGGUCUGAUGAUUUAAAUACAAUUCCAAUAAUUGAAGCGUUUGAUGUUAAUCAUUAUUUAAAAAACAUCUGUAACUGGACAAAUGAACGUUUGAAAGGCUAUAAAAAUGACAACAGUUACCGUCUUCAUUCUAAUGGACAUAUCCGUGAUGUUAGGCAGUCAAAAUUUCACAGCGAUAUACAUUAUGUAAAAGCAGCAUGUGUACCAGAAGAGAGACAGUCUGCUGACCCGUACGAAGUUUGGAUAGUGGUCCUAUUUGAUGGGUCAAUACAUUCAGCAGAAUGUACAUGUGUGGCUGGUGAUGGAACAUGUAAGCACGUGGCAGCACUUCUGUUCGGGAUGCAAAGAUUUUGUCAGGAUUUGUCCGAUAGAUCGGUUAUUUCUGUUACUGACAAGGCUGCUAAAUGGGUUAACCCAGUCAGAACAUCAGCUCCAGUAAAAAUAACCUCUUUAGACCUGAGGAGUGAGCCUACAGGACAACCACCAAUCAAACCAACAAGUGACCAUUAUAGGCCAUCUUGUCAUAACAUGUCACCACAUGCUAUAGAAAAAGAAAUGCUUCGGUUAAUAAAAUCAGAAAACUUACCAGCAUGUGCAGCAUAUGUUCUGUCAGAUAGCUCUGGUUCAGAGUAUGAUUUUGAGUGCCUGCCUGUCAACAUACUAGAUCUAGCAACACAAUUUAAUAAUGAUGAUUCUUCAGAUGAUUCACUUGAAUCUUUUAUUGAGCACAUACAUAGAAAUAUCCCGGAUAAUUAUUUCACUGAUAUAUUCGAAAAGACCAUCAGUCAGAGUGAUAGUGAUUUGUUGUUUUAUCAGAGACAUGGCAGAAUAACAGCUUCCAUUUUAUAUAGUUGUCUUCAUUUUACAGGAAGAAACCCUGAUGGCCAUCUAGUCAAACUCAUUUUAGGUCUUGCAAACAGUGUUAAUUCAGACUUGCCUGCUUUAAGACAUGGAAAAAAAUUUGAACAUGUUGCUAGAGAGUCUUAUCUUCAUGACAAAAAAAACUUGCAUGAUAGUUUAGAAUGUAAAUUAUCUGGGUUUGUAAUUGACAACAACAGUCCUUACUUAGGUUGCUCUCCUGAUGGUUUAAUAGGGUGUAAAUGCUGUGGACAAGGUUGUUUGGAAAUAAAAUGUCCGUUUAAAUUUUCAGAAGAAACUCCAAUCAAUGCUGUUUGUUUAGACAAAACAAACUUUCACAGAAAAUGA